UCUCGUUGCCUGCUUGUCCCCCCGUCUCGUUGCCUGCUUGUCCCCCCGUCUCGUUGCCUGCUUGUCCCCCCGUCUCGUUGCCUGCUUGUCCCCCCGUCUCGUGCCUGCUUGUCCCCCCGUCUCUGUGUCUGAUUUUCCACCUCUGUCUGUCUCUGUUAUGCGCCCUGUGCCUGCUUCUCCCCAUGUCUCGGCAAGACAUCCCUUUCCCAGGCUUGUUGUGGACUGCAAGGGGCCUGGUCAGAGUGCUUCACACCCCUUCCACGGGACUGUCGUCGGUGGUGGCCAGAAGGCUUCUGUGUUGGAACCCUGUGUCAGAGGUCCCCCUGUCCUGUCUGUGAGGGCUACACAUUCCCAAGCCGACAAAAGAUAUGAUAAGUUUUCACGCAAUCACCAGUGCACAUGCAUGGCUCUAACAUUUUUAGCUUACCACAAUGAGGGGUUAGAGUUUAACACGAUGUUACUAGACAGAGUGAUCAUGAAAGGUGAUAAACUUUAUGUUGCCACUAAACGGCAGCUAUUGAUGAAUGGAACUUUUGAAGAUAACCACUUAACAUUUGAAGAGAUGCCUAGGAAUGUAAUGACAGACACAAACCUUUAUGAAGUACACACAACAGGUUUAAGGGUUGGUCGAGUCUUUGCUCCUUCUGAAAGCCCUCAAAGGUCUCGGCAAAUGGCUUUGUCUCUUGGUGAAGAACUGCGGUCUCUAUCAGAAAAUGUCACCCAUGCAUUUCUUCUGGUGACUCCAGAAUGCAUUGCAAUUUUCAGGGACAGAGAUGGCAGGUUUGGAGUUUUUGAUUCCCACUCAAGAAACUCUGCAGGUCUGCCCCAACCCUAUGGCACUGCAAUAAUGAUGACUUUCAGCAACCGAACUACCAUGCUGAAACAUCUGCAACGGCUGUUUCAAAACCGUGGCCCGAAUGCCACCUAUGAGUUUGUACCAGUGGGUUUUGUCAGGAAUAAUGACCUUCCUCAGGACUUGACAUUUCAAAAUGUUUCACUUCGCCCCACACAUGCAAAUCCCACUGUCAGAAAACCAGAGAGUGCUUUGAAUGAAGACAAAAUGCCUCCAUGGUUGAAAGAAAUGGACAACGUUUUUGAGGAAGUUAGUCCAACAGCCAAAGCAAGUCAACCUGUUGGAAAACCAGACAAAGAUUUUGAUGAAGAGGAAAUGUCUCCAUGGUUGAGAGAAAUGACAAAUGUAGUAGAAGAAAUUGCUCCAAAAGUCCCUCAGAUGACAAAAGUUGAAAAAGCCAAGAGAAGAAAAAUUAAGAACAGGCUCAAAUCACAGCAGAAACAAAACACUACUACAAAAAUUAGAGAAAGUGCAUCUGAAAAAUCCUACAUAAGAACUCAAUACAGAGAUGAUCCAGUCUUCAGAAAGCUCUUUUCCCAGGUCAAGUAA